GGCUGCGCGGGGAGCUGCGGCCUGGCCUCGUUUGGCCCCGUCCGUGAUGCCCGGGCCUGGCCGAGGGAGAAGGCUGUGACCUCCGGGCGGGAGCGAGGUUAAGGUGGAAGGCUGGGGGUGAGGCGUGCUUGGAAACGAGCCGUACGAAAUCGGUGCUGAAGCUGUGCUUUGUGAGCAGUUGUCAGCUUACAUAAUGGCAGAAGCCACCGUGUCCCCGCUGAAGCACUUCGUGCUGGCCAAAAAGACCAUCACUGCCAUCUUUGAGCAGCUGCUGGACUACGUCACGGAGGGGGCUGCUUUUGUGGAAGCAACAUACAGGAACCCAGAGCUUGAACGUAUAGCAACAGAAGAUGAAUUAGCAGAAAUACAGGCAUAUAAAAAGAAGUUAGCGGUCAUUGGUGAGGUGCUUUCACGGAGACACAUGAAAGUGGCAUUUUUUGGCAGAACAAGCAGUGGAAAAAGUUCGGUCAUUAAUGCAAUGCUGUGGGAUAAGGUACUUCCUAGUGGGAUUGGCCACACAACCAACUGCUUUCUCAGCGUGGAAGGGACUGAUGGAGAUAAGGCCUACCUUAUGACAGAGGGGUCGGAUGAGAAGAAGAGCGUCAAGACGGUCAAUCAGCUUGCUCAUGCUCUUCACAUGGAUAAAGAUUUGAAGGCUGGCUGUCUGGUCCAUGUCUUCUGGCCCAAGUCCAAGUGUGCGCUGCUGAGGGACGAUUUGGUCUUAGUGGACAGUCCUGGCACAGAUGUGACUACAGAGCUGGACAGUUGGAUUGACAAAUUCUGCUUAGAUGCUGAUGUGUUUGUCUUGGUUGCCAAUUCUGAGUCAACUCUCAUGAACACGGAAAAACAUUUUUUCCAUAAAGUGAACGAACGGCUCUCUAAGCCAAAUAUCUUCAUCUUGAACAAUAGAUGGGAUGCCUCUGCAUCAGAGCCAGAAUAUAUGGAAGAUGUGCGCAGGCAGCACAUGGAGCGCUGUCUGACUUUUCUCGUUGAUGAGCUCAAAGUUAUUGAUCCUGUAGAAGCGAGGAAUCGCAUUUUUGUUUCAGCAAAAGAAGUUCUGAGUGCCAGGAGACAGAAGGCCCAAGGAAUGCCAGAGACUGGUGGAGCACUUGCUGAAGGGUUUCAAACGAGGUUCCAAGAAUUCCAAAAUUUUGAGCAGAUAUUUGAGGAGUGUAUCUCGCAGUCAGCCGUGAAAACCAAGUUUGAACAGCACACUAUCAGAGCUAAACAGAUAAUAGAUACUGUGAAAAACAUUAUGGACGCCAUAAACGUAGCUGCAGCAGAAAAAAGAGUGCUCUCAAUGGAAGAGCGAGAAGACCAGAAGGAUAGGUUGGACUUCGUUCGAAAUCAGCUGAAUAUUUUGACAGAAGAUACUAAGGAAAAAAUCAAACGUGUUACUGAGGAAGUAGAAAAUAAAGUCUCCUCUGCCAUGACUGAUGAGAUUUGCCGACUUUCGGUUCUAGUUGAUGAAUUUUAUUCAGACUUUCACCCUUCUCCUCAAGUACUGAAGCUCUAUAAGACAGAACUCAACAAACACAUAGAAGAUGGUUUGGGAAAGAACCUGGCUGAUCGUUGCUCCAGUGAAGUCAAUGAGUCGAUGCAUCAGUCGCAGCAGGAGAUCAUUGAAAACCUGAAACCAUUGUUGCCUUCUGGUGCUCAGAAUCAGCUUCACUUGCUGAUUCCAUGCAGGAAGUUUGACCUCAGCUAUGAUCUAAACUGUCACAGUCUAUGUGCGGAUUUUCAAGAGGAUAUCAUGUUCCACUUUUCCUUGGGAUGGACUUCUCUCGUAAACCGGUUCUUGGGUCCUAAACAUGCUCAGAGGGUACUUCUGGGACUGGCAGAUCCCAAUUUACAAAUCCCUCGUCCCUUAGCUACCACCCCGUCUGCUGCCAGCCUUCCUGCUGCAACUCCAGAGAACACAUCACCUGAUGAUUUCAUGGUUCCUUUGGUGAUGAGUUUAGCUUCACUGACAUCACGGACCUCUAUGAGCAUCAUCGUUGUUGGCGGAGUGAUUUGGAAAACAGUUGGCUGGAAACUCAUCUCUCUCUCCUUAAGUAUGUACGGGUUAUUAUAUCUCUAUGAGAGACUAACUUGGACCACUAAAGCAAAAGAGAGAGCCUUCAAGCAGCAGUUCGUGAACUACGCGACCGAAAAGCUGCAGAUGAUUGUCAGCCUUACAAGUGCAAACUGCAGCCACCAGGUGCAGCAGGAAAUGGCCACUACCUUUGCUCGGCUCUGUCAGCAGGUGGAUAUUACCCAGAAAAACCUGGAAAAAGAAAUUGCCCGUCUUUCCAAAGAAAUAGAUCAGCUGGAGAACAUACAGAGCCACUCCAAGCAGCUAAGAAAUAAAGCCAUUCACCUUGAGAAUGAACUAGAUCGCUUUACAAAGCAUUUUCUUCAAAAGAGUAAAUAAAGCAUCAUCGUUACCUUUCCCAGUGAUCCUUUGUAGGACAAAGUAGAAAUUUUACAGAUGACACUUCUCUGUGGAGUCACAUGAAAUGAUUUAUAUUUUUAAUCUUAUUUUGAUUACACUUAAUUAUUGUAAAGCUUAAUUUGGACUCUGACGGUGAACCAAACUGAAGAGCUGUGGGAUGCUUAUAAGUGUUAUGUUUGUUUUGAAGAUUUGGGGUUUAAAAUCUUUAACACUAAAUUUCUUUGGGCACUUGAGAAUAAAAACCCAAAUCCCUUCUGAUUUUCAUUAGUGCUUAGUUGGGGCAGGUCUGGCUUCCUGGCAUCCAGGAGUUUAUGCAGGGAGAGUGCUUAUCACUGCUGUCUCUCUCCUGUUCUCAGCUGACUAGGAAUAGCCAGGGAAGAAGAAUGCUGCUUUUUCAUUUGUGCUUGUUUUGUUUUUUUAAGGAAGGGAAGUAUGAACUCCAGCAUGGUGGACAGGAGUCCUGACCAUUUUGGAAGCAAGUAGAAUUGGGUUGGGAAGAUGUUCCAGUUCUUGGAUAAGGAAACAAAAGGUGGUAACUGUAGAGCAGUCACUUAUAGAAUGCAGGAGGCUGUAGUUUCCCCACUGGCUCCUGCAUCUCUAGCCAAGAUGGCAUUAUUAAGUAAAAAUAAAUAGUUGGUAAAAUGGAUGCUUGUCUCUGAGAGCACAGCUGAGACUCACCUUCAGGUGAAGUGCAGCAAAGAAGUGGCUGAGUUGGUGAUUUUGACCCCAUUUUUGCAUGUUGGAGGGAAAUACUUGGGUGUCAGGCUUCUGCCAGAGCUCAUCUCCUGCACUCAGAGGUGGAGGCUGUCUGAUAGAAUUUCCUCAUCCUGACCUGCUCCUCGGUUCUGCUGUAGCACCAAUCUCUGCCCCGAGCUGCGUGACAGGUACAUGGGAGUACUUCCACCUCUGCUCACCUCUUGCAGUGCAAAGCCUCUUAACGUGGCUGCUGACACCUGCAAUCACUGAGCACCUUCAUUUUUCUAACCAGACUUUUUAAGAAUAACUUAUUUUAGAAGAGAAAGCCUUUUCAGAAUAUUUAUAUAUUUUUAUGGCUGUAUUAACAAGACUAAUGAAAUACUCAAAUUCAAAACUUAAGAGUUAAGGAUUUGCUAUAUUCCAGUAAAUAAGGGCUAUCCUAAAAGGAGGUAGAUUUUAAAAGCUAAUAGUAAUGGAAUGUUGUUAUUAACUUGAAGCUGAAGAGCACUGUUUUCACCAUAGUGUACAUGGUGGUGGUUUCUGACUGUGCAGCAGCACAGCUCUCUGAACUGGCAUUAGCAGUGUGAGGUGUCUCAGGUUGACUGAGGAAAACUGUGAAAAUGAGCGACAGCCCAGCCUUCGUGUUUGUGAGGUCACAGGUGUGCGUGGGUGCUCUUGUCUGAAGCAUUGUUACAGAGAUUGUACCAAGAUGAAAACUUUACAUGCAUGUGUUCUGCAGUUAUUUAUUAAAAAAAUUAACUAUC